AUGGAUUAUAAAACGGGGUCUUCAAGAACUUCAACUUUAGUUUUAAGUCUCGCCUUUCCUAAGCCUCUGAAAUUGAGGAUGAGUGAGCAGAGAGUAAGAUGGGCUGUAUGCAGUUUUGACGGCGGUACUGAAGAAGCUGAGGGCGAGGUGGAGCUUGAACAAGGUUUGAGGUCCUCGGAUCCCUCUUAUAAUACUACUGACACGUGUAGACAAUUUGGAAAAAAAUUACCCAGACGAAUAGAACUCUAUGCAUUGAAGUAG